AUGACAAACAGUGAGGGAAGUCGCGCUUCACAGAGGAGAAUGGUUGAGGGUGAAUCAAGCAAUGCAAGGGAGAGAAGGCUUAAAUGCAAGCCGAUUUGGAGAAUGACUCAAAGGAUGGAAGAGUCUGAUGCAGAGGGUAUGUAUACUCUGAGGAAGAGUCUGAGAGUCGAGAGAUUGAGGGAGGAGAGGAGGACCAAGAAGAGGAAUGACCCCAUUAGUAGUGAGAGUGAGCAAGGGGAGUUUGAGAUUGGAGUGAACCUUGUUCAAGAGGAGGGAAAUGGCUCUCCAAGUGAAGAAGGAAGUGAUGAGACUGAGAGUGAAGAGGAAGGAGAAGAGGUGAAUCAGUUGGUUGAAGAGAGUGAGCAAGAGAGUAACCAAGAUGAACCUAUGGAGGAGGUUGAGCCACAAGAGAGCCACAAGAGGAGGAGAAGAACUCCCUAUGUACCAAGAGCACUACAAUGCCCUCUUCUCCAUGGACUUUAUGGAGACCAAGUACCCACAUGUUGA